CCCCAUGACUGAACAGUGAAUCUGAAAGUAAACUGGUGUUUGCAGUGUGCUGCUUUAUGUGUCUGCAGUCUGACUGAGGAUCAGAUCUAACUGGAUUUUGCAGGAUGAAGAUUCUGCUGCUCCUCUUACUCAGGGCUCGGCUGUGAUUGGUGGACCUAAUGACCGGCCUGAUGUGACUGGUUCCUGCGGUGGCCUUGAGCUACAAAAGGGCGACUGAAGAGCUGCACUGGUUGGGAUGUGUGGCAGACUUCCCAUGCACCUGCCUCUGGUCCAGACGGCGCGGCUGCAGCUACAGUUUUUAGCACAAAGUCGGGCAUGUGUGUGAGGUGCGGAGUAAGUAGCGCAUGCCACAGCAGUGGAGGUGUAUGAGGGGGCUGAGUCUGCGCUGCUGCCCUGUCAGCUACUAGCUGCUCCCAGUGAGUUCACAGCAGCAGUGUGGGACCGCAAGGACCUCAACAUCCCAACAGUCCAUGUUCGUGUGAAGAGUGGUGAUGAUUUGGACGACCAAAACCAGCGUUACACCAACCGAACAUCAAUGAGUGCUGAUGCUCUGCAAACUGGAAACUUCAGCCUCACUCUGAGAAACCCGACAGUCUCUGACAGUGGAACCUACACCUGCAUCCUCCGCAUCACUGGACGAGAUGUGAGCUGGACUUACUUACAACCGAAGGUCACAGAACCUCCUCCUCCACCUCCUCCAGUCUGGCCCAAAGUUCUCUCAGCUGUCUUGGUUCCUGUGGUUGUCCUGGCUAUUUGCUGUGGUAUCGGCAUGUUUUGUGGAUAUAAAAGGCUGAAAAGUAAAGAGGUUCAUGAGGUGGAGGUGGGUUCAGGUGUGGAGUUUGCCAAUCUGCCCUGCAAAGCCACAGUUCACCUGUCUAAGGUAAAUAAGAUUGUGUGGAAGGACAGAGAUGGCAGGAACGUCCAUGUGUAUCAGAAAGACUCUAAGCAGCCUGAAAAACCGCACAGACGUUACAGGAACCGAACAGAAAUGAUUGAAGACCUCAGUCUGACCCUGACAUACCCCACAGAAACUGACACAGACACCUACACCUACACCAUCUACAACAGGAAGGAAAAAGUCCUUAUGAAGAAAAAAGUGGAGCUGAAAGUCAGAGACUGUCAGGUAGACGUGAAGGAGGGGGCGGAGUCUGUCCUGCUGCCCUUUCAAACCACAGCAAACCUGCCUAGAGACACUGAAGUGGUGUGGAAACGUCAUGAACCCGAAUACAUGAAGGUCCACGUGUAUGAGAACGGCUAUGACCAUCCUGACAAACAGGACAACCAUUACAAAGGUCGCACUAAGAUGAAGAAAGACCUGCUGACCACCGGAGACCUCAGUCUGACCCUGCAACACCCCACGGAGGGUGACAGUGGGAGAUACGGCUGUGAGGUCAACAACAAGGACGCCUCACAGUCACAGGGAAUAAUCAGGCCAAGAAACAAACACAACAUCAGGAUCAGCUCCAAUGAUCAAUCGGUUUGAUGUGUUUGUUUGGUUAUUAAUCUGAUUACAGUGAAGGACAUCAUGAAUAGACAGUGGAUGAAGGGUUGAAGAUGCUGUCAGCUGAUACUUUGUUUGCCCUUUAUUCGGCUGUAUUAUUCUGAGUGAGGUCAACAUUGUGUCCUCAUAUUUGUCUGUUCUCAGUAUGAUUAGACAAGUAACUUGUAAAAGCUAAAAUGGGUCACUUUACUGUUGAUUAUGUUUAUUUGUUUGAUGAUGUUUAUUGUUUAUUGUUUCAGUAACAUGAACAAAGUACUGUGCAAGAAAUGAUCAAUAUCAUCUGCAUUUGAAAGAAUGUGAAAGAAUGUGAAAGAAGGUGAAGAACAAUUUACACAUUUGUUCAAUGAACAUUUAUAUAGACUAA